GAGAAGUUGUUCCUUAUUUCAUUAUUAGUGAAGCUCUCACUGUGUUAACACCAAAGAUAUUUAAAUUUUUCAGUGGCAAUCUAUAAAAAUUAUUUUGGCGAACGCCUUCGUUAGCCAAUAUGAGUGAGUCUGAGCUCUCCGCUAAGGUAGUAGAUGUUGAAAAAGGCCGAAGCACUAGUACAAGGUUGUGGGAAAACAACGGAUUUUUAAAUUACUUGCGCGACUUCGUUAAGCAAUGCGGCGACAUGAGUUUUAUGCAGUUCGCCAGGGAGGCCGCUAGUAACUGGGAAAAGUUGAGCAAGGCAGAAAAGGACUCUUAUAGCGACUUCGGUAGAACCGCCAUGGCGAUAAUGGCCAUGGCUUCUGGGGCUGCCGAACAUUCAAAAAUAUCUAUACUGACUGUUGACUGUCCUGUGGACAAGGUUAGCCGCGUGUUAAAGUGUUGCACCAGGCCGCCGAAAUCGCGCGCAAGGCCGAUGAAGGCCUGUGCCACGCCCCGACGAAAGGCGGCCCUGGGUAAGCCCAAAAGGCGGGCCGCUGGUCCCCCGAAGAAAAAGGAGGAGAGAAAGGAAAAGCAGAAGGAGGAGGAGGAGGAGAAGGAGAAGGAGGCGUGUGCGAAUGGAGAUGCCAAACGCAAGACGGGUCCGAUAACCACCAACGGGUAUCUGAACUUUUUGCGUGCCUUCAGGAAGGGCAAGAUCGGUCUAACGCCCCAGGAGAUGGUUCAACAAGGCGCUCUAGCCUGGCGAGAACUCUCGGUAGAGGAAAAGGAUCGUUUUCGCCACAUGGCUAACAAGGGCGGCGCAUCUGCAAGCAAUGUUAGUUCUUCCUAAGGCGUUAAAUUCCAACCGAGUCCCGCGAUAUUUAUUAUUUUAUGCGAUUUUUUAAAUCUGUAAAUUGUGUAUUUGUCCAAAUUUAAUAUUCGUCGGUAUUUCAAAUUUAUAUAAAAAGUAUAAGACUAUUAAAAUGUUCGGCCAAAAAAAACAGUA